UGGGCAGGUGAACUAUUCUUGACACCAUGAACUACUAUGAGGCACUCGAUGUACCGUCAACCGCUUCAGCAGAUGUGAUCAACGAUCAAUACCAGAUUUUGGCGAAUAAAUGGCACCCGGACAAAAACAGGGGGAACACGGCUGCUGCAGAGAGAUUCAAACUGAUCGGUGAAGCAUACCAAUCGUUAACGGGUUAGCGCCGUUGGGCAUGCUAUCCACUGUGCCAAGAUACUCAUACAAAGGAAUGAUUUUCAGAUCCAGCGAAACGUUCUGCGUAU